AAAACGUCUCGUUAUCCUCGACCUGGGAGCACAGCAAAACCCCCAAACCCCCGGCACCGUCGCCACCGUUCGUGCCGUCCCAGCUCCAGCCAGACGCCGAAAUGGCGACCACCACCUCCCUCUUCUCCGUCGCCCCGCUCCGCCUCACCCACCGCCGCCUCCUCUCCCCCACCCCCGGCGCGGCCUCCCGCUUCCGGACGCUCGCCUCGAAGAAGGCGGCCGCCUCCACCGUCCCCGGGCCCGGCGGGGGCGCGGGGAGCGGGCUGCUCUCGGUGCUCGACCGGGCGCUCACCGACGAGGAGGAGUACCGCCGCGCGCGCGCCCAGGUGCAGCGCAAGGGCGUGGAGGCGGAGGGGUACGCCGUCGAGGGGAUCUCGGUGGGCGGGCACGAGACCUGCGUCACCGUGCCGUCCCUCAACGUCGCCUUCGACAUCGGCCGCGGCCCGCUCUUCGCCGUGCGCCAGGACCACCUCUUCAUCACCCACGCCCACCUCGACCACAUCGGUGGUCUUCCAAUGUAUAUAGCAACCCGUGGCCUCUACAAUUUGAAGCCUCCAACCGUAUUUGUACCUCCGUGCAUAAGGGAUGAUGUUGAGGAGAUGCUUCAGAUCCAUCGUAGAAUGAGUCGAAUUGACCUGGAAGUUGAAUUAGUUGCUCUUGACUUGGGAGAAACAUAUGAAAUACGCAAUGACCUUGUUGCCAGACCAUUUCAGACUCACCAUACUGUACCCAGCCAGGGCUACGUCAUAUACUCUGUUAGAAGAAAGCUGAAAAAACAGUAUGCUCACUUGAAGGGAAGUCAAAUAGUAAAAUUAAAGCAAUCAGGCUCUGAGAUUACAGAUACCAUACUGUACCCAGAAGUUGCUUUUACCGGAGAUACAACAUCUGAUUUUAUUCUUGACCCACGGAAUGCGGAUGCACUGAGAGCAAAGGUUCUUAUAACUGAGGCAACCUUCCUAGAUGACCAAGUCGAUGUUGAUCAUGCUCGAGAACAUGGCCACAUGCAUCUGUCUGAGAUAAUGGAGCAUUCCCAAUGGUUUAGAAAUGAGGCAAUUAUACUCACCCAUUUCUCAAAUCGAUAUAGUCUUGAGGAUAUUCGGAAAGCUGUUUCCAGGCUACAGCCAAAGUUAAUUUCGAAGGUUGUUGCUCUGACAGAAGGCUUCAAAUCUGAAUAUAGCUAACUGUACAGAAGUAGAACACCUGGUGUUUCUCAUCCUGAUCCACUGAACGUAUGUUCACAUUAGGAACUGCCACUUUGUUGAUGAAUGUAUCUUAUAGAUAUGGCUGUUUUAUGAGGUCAUAUGUGCACGUCUCUUAUCUUUUGCCCCUAGUCUUAGAAAAUAAACCUUGUACAGCUUAAUGAGUAUUUUUAUGGAAGAAGUGCUUUUGUACUUGCA